CUCCCCCGCGGUCGCAAUGCUCACCUUUGGGGAGGCUGGUGUUGCGGCGGCUUCGCACUAGGCCGCGUUGCCAUGGUGAAGCCGCUUCCGGUUCAUGGGGACAUCCGGGUCGAAGGUUCGGCAGGAGACAAGAUGCUGCUCCAGAAGCUGAGGACAUUAGCCCAUCAUUCUGGACAGCUGAUAACAGGAUGCAGGAAGAUUCAUCAGACAUCAAACUGUAGCCACCCGUUAAUUCCCAUAGUCAUUGAACAGACAGGUCGUGGAGAGAGAGCCUACGAUAUCUAUUCAAGAUUGUUAAGGGAAAGAAUUAUUUGUGUUAUGGGACCUGUGGAUGAUACAGUUGCCAGUCUGGUGAUUGCUCAGCUCUUGUUCCUUCAGUCAGAGAGCAACAAGAAGCCAAUCCACAUGUACAUCAACAGCCCAGGUGGUGUGGUGACUGCUGGCCUGGCUAUUUACGACACCAUGCAGUACAUCCUGAACCCCAUCUCCACAUGGUGCGUGGGGCAGGCAGCCAGCAUGGGCUCCUUACUUCUGGCUGCGGGCUGCCCAGGCAUGAGGCACUCCCUGCCGAAUGCACGCAUCAUGAUUCACCAACCCUCGGGAGGGGCAUCUGGCCAAGCAACUGACAUCGCUAUACAGGCAGAGGAGAUUCUCAAAAUCAAAAGACAGAUCAAUAAUAUUUAUGCCAAACACACUAAGCAGUUGCUGUCAGUGAUCGAAGGAGCAAUGGAGCGCGAUCGGUACAUGAGCCCGGUGGAAGCUCAGGAGUUCGGAAUAAUUGACAAGGUCCUCGUUCACCCUCCGCAGGACGGGGAAGAUGAGCCACAACUUGUUCACAAAGACAACACAACAAAGCCAUCGGGCUCCCCUGAGCCCUGAACUGUAUGGUCCGUCUGAUUAAUCAUUAGUCCAAUCUCUAUACGUUGUGUAGUUUCAGCCCCAUCCAUUUACGCAAUAAAAUAUUUGUAUUAAACAUUUAUAACUAA